AUGGCUCGUCGCCAAUCCGCCACCUCGGCCACGCUCACGGCUGAUGGCUCAGCUUCGGGUGCUGGUGCCACUCCCUCCAUCCGCGCACCCACAGCCAGCCUGCCCUCCCUGCGCAACCCGGACCGCCUGUCCGAGGCGGACGUGGCGGCAGCCAUCGACGGGCUCGUCGCGCUGUACUGUCCGCUGUCGAGCGUGGUUGCCCUGAGCGACACGUCCGUCGUGGCGGCUUUCCUUCCGUCAGCAGGAUCAGGAUCAGGAUCAGCAGGCCAGCCGAGCCACGCGCAGACGGUGUCAGAAACGCCCACGGGGACUCUCACACCCUCGGCAUCGGCAUCGGCGUCAUUGACAGUCCCGGUGCUUGAUUCUGGUUACGCCUCUGGUGUGGACGAGGACGACGACGAGGACGAAGGCAAAGAUGGAUGUGCUAUGCGAGGCAGUGACAACGAUGGCGCCAACGCGGCUCACCACCACCAGAACGGUCCGUCACUGGCUGCGCUGCGGGCAGACCACUUUGAGCGUGCCUUUGCCGAGCGGUGGCUGACGACAUUCCUCGCCCGGUCCGAGGAGAUUUACUUUUCCGAUGAUGAUGAUGAACGGGAAGGUUAUCAUGAUGACAAGGUGGGUACCACCAGUACCGGCGACGACAAGCGGCAGCUGCUCGUCGACAAGGCGGCGUGUGUGCUCGCGUCGUUCCACAACGCGCUCGACGAUGAGCAGGACGACGAAGGGGUGGUGCGGAACCUCAGCUUCCCCUUGUGGUCGCCUGGAGAAGCGUCUUCAUCAUCGUCCACGGGGAAAGAGACCGAGGACGCGGCCUCGACGACGACGACACCACCACCGGCAAGGACGAUCCAGGUCCAGCUCAACGACGGCGCGCUCAGCUCGACAGACCACACCGAUGUCGGCCUGCAGUCCUGGGGCGCGUCCAUCGUCUUUUCGGAACUGCUGUGUGCCGCGCCACACCGCUUCGGCUUGAUUCCCAACCGGUCAGCAUACGGGACGCCCUCGCAGGACUCGAACGAGCUCGGAGGCGUCGGCAAGCAGGGUGUGGCAAGACUGCCACGACGGAUCCUCGAGCUCGGUGCCGGUACGGGACUCGUCAGUCUCGUGCUGGGAAAGCUCCUGCCCGAACUCGGCGUGAUGGACAACGACGACGACGACGAUGACGACGACGACAACCGUGGCGAGGGCACCCUAGUCGUCGCAACCGACUACCAUGCCGCAGUACUGGAGAACCUCGAGCGCAACAUCACCACCAACUUCCCACCGUCCUCUUCAUCUUCACCACCAUCAUCUUCUUCACCGCACACCACAGGGCCAGCGGGAAAGACGUCAACAAGAGUCACAGCCCACGCACUCGACUGGUCCGCGCCAGACCUCGCCACCCCGCCGCUCGACAGAGCCUUCGACCUGCUCGUCGCCACCGACGUCGUGUACGCCCCGCAGCACGCCAUCUGGCUGCGCGACUGCGCGUCCCGCCUGCUCGCCUUCCCCUCGGGCCGGUUCUGGCUCAUGGCGACGGUGCGCCGGGCCGGCAAGUUCGAGGGCAUCAGCGACACGGUGCAGGCCGCCUUCGCCGUUCCGGAUGGCCUUGGCCAUCAUCAUCAUCAUCAUCAUCAUCAUCAGGAUGGCACGAGCAGCACCACCACCAAGAAGGUGCUCCGGAUCCUCGAGGAGCAGGCGCUCGACCGGCCCCGGGGCGUCGGGCACGGCGACGAGAGCGGGUACAAGCUGUUUAGAAUCGGUUGGGCUUGA